GUAACCACAUUAUAGCUCAUUUUAAAAACAAAAUGAUAUAAAAAUAAUAUACAAAUAAGUUUAUAACAAUAAAAUGCGUGUAGUUAUCUUAAAACGAAGAAAUUACACCGAUCAGUAUCAAAGUAUGAUUUAUGCAUAUUUUUCCGUAAGCUUUCGGAAAAAACCGGAAGUGACGUCAGAGCCGCUAUACUCUUUCAUUGUUUAUAUAUGGAGUAAGGGGCGUAUGAUCUUUUCAGAGCCCAACAAUGCCGUACUGUGCGGCCUUUGGGUGUCAAAAUAAACAGUUUAAAGGAUCGGGAUUAUCUUUUUUCGGUUUUCCAAAGGAUUGUAUUCGAAGAAAGGCGUGGAUAUUUUAUUGUAAAAGAAAAGAUUGGACACCAACGCCGUAUAGUACUUUGUGUUCCGUACAUUUUUCACCUUCAAAUUACGAGACUUUUCCAGCAACGAAAGAAAGUUACGGAUAUCGUAAUGCUAGAGCAAAAUUAUUUGUAACAGCUAUCCCUGAUGUUCACCUAUUACUAGCACCAGAAGAGCCAAAGACGCCAAAAACAUCACGAGGGGCAUAUGCUAAACGAAGACGAGCUGAGGUUCUUCAGGAAAUAAACAUCGAGACCUAUGCCAGUGAAAGUAAUCUUGAUGGUGGUAAUAAAAAAACACCAUUACCAAAAGAUGCCCCUGCUGUAUGUGAUACUUUUGUUCAGAGUCCAUCAGUAUUGUGUGAGGAUCCUGUACCCGAUUUAAAUGCAAUCCCCAAAUGGAAUCCAACAGUGAAAAGGCAGCAGGAACAGAAACUUGUAAAUAAACCACAACAGAGAACAAGAAGGAUCCAAGUCAAACCAAAAAUAAAGGAUUUUUGUGUUCAACACUGCCCAACCACUGUUUCAGUGGGUAUUCAGUGUGAUUUAUUAAAACCUGAUAAUGAUCAGAUACAUGCAGAUAAAUGCAGUGAUCUUGAAGACAGUGGUGAUGAUGAUGACGACAGUGAUGAUGAUAGCGAUGACCCAGAUUAUGUCCCUCUGUUUGAUGAAUCUUGUGAAGAUGAUUCUGAAUUUGACGAAGAAGAACCAGAUAUACAGUCAUACAUUCUUAAUUCAAAUUCAUUGCCAAAUGACGAGAGACAAUAUUUGAUUGCCGAGAAUGCACUUGCUGACUUAAUGUCAGUUUGUCGACUGUGCAGUGGGAUCUGUACAGCUACUGUAAAGAACCAGAUCGGUUUCAUGGUGACUGUAACGCAAGAAUGUGCCAAUGGCCAUUGUUACACAUGGCAGAGUCAAAAGAAUUAUAAAAAACUCCCAUGGGCAAAUUUGUUUAUUUCUGGUGGUAUUUUGUUCAGUGGAAGUAGUCCAUCAAAUGUGAUAACUUUAUUCAACCAUAUGAAAAUACCAUGUAUCUCUGUAAGGACAUACUACAGAAUCCAGUCGUGCUAUUUGAUACCUUGUAUAGAGAAGUGUUGGGCAAAGUAUCAAAAUGACCUGAUGACAACUUUGUCAGGUGCAGAUCUCUCUUUGGGUGGUGAUGCUCGGUGUGAUUCUCCAGGACACUGUGCCAAAUAUGGUAGCUACACCUUAAUGGAUCUGGAAAGAAAACUUGUCCUUGAUGUUCAGUUAGUACAGGUAAAUGAAGUAAAAAAUUCACAGAAUAUGGAAUUGGAGGGGUUGAAGAGGUCAUUGGAACAUAUUAAGAAGUUUGGCUGUCAUGCACUAGAACUGGUCACUGAUCGCCAUGUCCAGGUGAAAAAGUACAUGAGAGAGAAAGAAGGCCAGACCAGGCAUUAUUUUGAUGUUUGGCACAUGGCUAAAGGUGUUAAGAAGAAACUUGAAGCUGCCUCUAAAAAGAAAAGAUGUGAAGACAUUAUUCCAUGGAUACAUUCCAUUUCCAAUCAUAUGUAUUGGGUAUCGGGAACAAGCAGCGAUGACAAAGACAUGAAGCUGGCGAAAUGGAGGUCUGUUUCAAACCAUGUAAUUAAUGUUCACACCGGCCAUGGGGCGAAAUUUGCUGCCUGCGAACAUGAAACCUGCAACACUGAGAGAGUGUGGCUCACAGCUGGAUCAAGAUCCCAUAAGUUGGUCAAGGCUAUCAUCAACAGCCCAUAUCUGCUAAAGGACAUUCCACAUUUAUCUCCACUGCACCAGACAUCAUCACUAGAGGUGUAUCACAAUGUUGUAAAUCACUUCGCCCCAAAAAGUACCCAUUUCUUCAUUUCUGCUAUGAAAGCUAGACUGCAUCUUGCUGCUUUCCAUUAUAACGAAAAUGGAAAUAAAGCUCAAGUCGUAACAAAGGAUGGCAAUCUAUGUUGGCGAUUGGUUUAUCCCAAAGCAAAGAAAGGAAAGGAUGCGGUCAUAAAAGCUGUGAAGGAAUCCUCUAGCUACAAGUAUGUGGAUACACUGAUGGAAUCUUUAAUGCAAAGGCGAUACCAGCUGGAUAAUUACGGAGUUGCAAGAACAGAUGUCAAGCAGACAAUGUCAAGCAUGCCUGGAUUCUUAACAAAUGACUAUUACAGAGUGGAGAAAACAGAAGCUGUGCAAAGACACAGAUCACGAUUCAAUGCUAUUUGAUAAGCUGUUUAUGUGAUGAAUAUCAAGUGAUGACCAAAACAAGAUAUUAUAGUGUUAUGAACAUUUUUAUUAAUUUAUUUAUGGUCUAGCAUAUUGAAAGCCGGUGUAGAUUUCUGAUGGGAAACUGUCUCUAAUCUUCACAACAACACAUGCAGGAAGCACACGGCGAUUUCUUUGACCAAUCCAUCUCGCAAAUCGUCUAUAAGCAACAUAUCUGUAUGUCCUGUAAAGGAAGAAACAGCAAAGAAAUUGUAAAUAUUCAAUACAUCAUGCAUAUUUUAUGGAAACAUUACUGUUUCAAUGUGUUUGCAUCAGAUGAUUGUUGUUCUAAUAAUUAUCUUUAGAAACUAAAACGUGACCAUGUUUAAUUGUUUAUUAAAUAAAGGUCAUUUUGUGAGGGCACAUGUACCUUGAAAA